AUGUCUCUAGGACCAUCGGGUGGAAGGUUCUUAAAGGACAAGAUCGGACAAUCCAAGAUCGACGCCUAUAAGGGACAAGCCAAGAGCAACAUGCCGCAGAGAUCGGCCAGUACCCGCACUGGGCUGGAGGAUCAAGAAGAGGGCGAUCUAAUUCGGUACUUCAAUUCAGCCAUGAAGAAGUACGAGGCGGAGCAACGUACAGCUCAGCGAAUGAAUCGACAGCCAAACCGCUACCCAGAUCGACGUACUUUGCUCCAACCUUCACACGAAAGCCUUGACAUGCCGGAUGUUGAGAUGGAGUCGGUGGGGUCGGACAUUUACCAACAUAUCCAUGAGGCGGCGGAAUACGACCCGGAUGAUCUAUGGAUGCACGAACUACGGCGCCCUCAUGUAGCCGCGACCGGUGCGACUACCGGAGGGGGAAACAUCACGCAGAGGAUCAGAAUCUCAGCGAUUUCUGAGCUGAAAGAAUUCUCAGGGAAGGAUCGGGAAGAAGACAAAGCACGGACCUGGAUCGGCAAAGUGAAGUCAGCGUUUAUCCGGGACCAAGCACCGGACGAGGAGAGAUGUCUGGUCUUCGGUGAUCUCAUGGUGGGCCCAGCCCGCUACUGGCAGUACUACCAUGCAAAGAAACGAUCGGAGGAAGAUCCUUUGCAGUACCUGUAUCGGCUUAAUGUGAUGGGAAUGCAGGCGAAGAUACCGGUGAUGACUGGAUUGCCAGCUGCGCGCAAGGAACAUGUCAAUCAUUUCAUUGACACCUUGGACGACCCCGAUCUGUCCAAUCAAUUGCUACUGCUGAAUGUAGAAGACGCGGAGGCCAUGCAAAAGACACUGCACGGAUAUCAACAAGGGAGAUCGCGUCAAGGGAAAGUGAUGAUGGGAAUGUCCAAAUUCAGGCAGAAGGGAACUCAGGGUCCAGCGCUGUCUAAGCCUGCACGAGCGGUAAGGAUGGUCCGUACCGAGGACGUCUGCAGCGAGUCAGGAUCGGACACCUGCGGAUCGGAUUUGGAAGAUCGAUUGAGAUCAAUCCAUGUGGCUGCUACUGCGAAUCGCCGUUCAUCCCCCAAUGACGUUGCAGCAAACGCGAUAUCGGUCGACCCGAACACUCGUCAAGACUAUCAAGAUCGCAAUAUGCCAGUGAAGCCGUUUACUCAUUGCGGAUCGACCAAGCAUGGAAAUCUUGGUUGUUGGAAGCGGCUCACUUGCCAGAAGUGUGGGCGUAAAGGAAACCCCUCUGACAAUUGUUUUUUCGUGUGUCGUGCUUGCGGUGAGAUGCACGACCCGGGGAAGUGUCCCAUGGAGGAGUUCUACAACAUGAUCCGUCAGUGGUACGUCCCGAAUAAGCAUGCGGGGAUGCUACCAGAGAAGGCCGAGAAGAUGUUAAACUAG